AUGCAGUUCCUGAGCGCCGCUCCUCCCAAGCACAUUCGCCGUGUGACCGCCCGCUUCAUGGUAAAUCAAUCGUCAGUCCACCCGGACAACCAAAAGGAGCUUUCGGCAACAAUUGAGCUGCUGAUGCCAAUCCUUGCAAACUGCGAGCCUUGCGACUUCAAUCUCGUUGUUGAGGACGGAGAAUACGGUUCCAUAUCAAAGCAUGAGCACAAGCGCGUUCACGAGUUCAUCGUCAAAACGUUCACCGAAAUGGGCGAAGGCAUAUUGGGAAGACAGAUCAAGGCGAGGAAAGGUGAUGUGGUGAUCUGGAAGACGGAGAAGGAUCCAACGAUCUAUGCUGUUGUUCCUGAGGUUCCACCAUUCCCACAAGACGCGAUGGACCUCACCCAUCGGCGCAAAUAG